UGUGUAAUUCUGUGGAUUAUUAUCUCCGGCUUCACGCGCUGCUGCUGCUGCUGCUGCUGGCGGACUGAGGGAAGCUGGAGGGAAAUAAAUAAAUAUGAACUUCAGAAGAUACCCAGCCUGGACAGCCUGUGAAGAGAGACGCCCCAUCCUGCCCGAGGAGCCAUGAGUCUCCUGCGCUGGUUCUCUGCCACUGUGGGCCGGAUCAGCACCUUCAGAUCCUAUCAGAUCGUGCUGCUGUUGGCCGCAGCCCUGGCCGUGAUGGCGUUCUACUACUUCGGCUCAGAGAAGCAGAACUUCUCCAGCACCACGAAGCGAAUAAAGCAGAACCAUGCGAGCCACAACUCCAACCGCAACGACGCUGACCUGUCUGAGGACACCAGGUUCAUCCAUCACGAGGAAAAGAGCGGGAUCAGGCAGCAUGACGAUGGGUUUGAGAAGAGGCCAGGUGAGCCCCAGCAGUAUCACGCCCUCAUGAUGUUCACCAAGGUGGACAAGAGCCGGACUCUGCAGAAUAAGUUUGAGGUGGCCAUGCGCUCCAUGGCUAAACACGGCCGGUUCCUGGAGGACGAGGUCCUGGUUCUUCACUUCGUCUCUGAUGAAGCCAGUAAGGAGCUGGGUGUGAGGAUGCUGCCUGAGCUGCUGAUGGAGGCAAGCUUUCUGUAUGAGGUGGUGUUCCAUGAUGUAGGUGAUUUGACAGGGAAGCUGUUCCCCAUUGUGGAGGCCAUGCAGAGGCACUUCAGUGCAGGCUCUGGGGCCUACUACAGCGAUGCCAUCUUCUUCCUAUCUGUGGCCAUGCAUCGUAUCAUGCCUGCAGAGAUGAAGCGUAUUGUGCAGCUGGAUCUGGAUCUGAAGUACAGGAGUAAUAUUCGAGAUCUCUUCCAAGAGUUCAGACUCUUCUCUCCUGAAGCGGUGAUCGGAAUCGUCCGAGAGAUGCAGCCAGUAUACAGGCACACCUUCUGGCAGUACCGCAAAGAGAACCCCAAAUCCCGCGUGGGCGACCCCCCUCCACAGGGUCUUCCGGGCUUCAACAGCGGGGUGAUGCUACUGGACCUGGAGGCCAUGCAGCGCUCGGCUCUCUACAACCAGCUGCUGGAACCCGAGAGAGUGGCCCGUCUGGCUGAGCAGUACCACUUCCGGGGGCACCUCGGCGACCAGGACUUCUUUACCAUGAUUGGCAUGGAGCACCCGGAGCUGUUCCACCAGCUGCCCUGCGGCUGGAACCGGCAGCUGUGCACCUGGUGGAGGGACCACGGCUACGGGGACAUCUUUCAGCUUUACUAUCACUGCGAGGGACCUGUGCACGUUUACCACGGGAACUGCAACACUCCCAUACCUGAUGACUGAGCGGGACUGUAUGAGUUUAUGAGUCUCUUAAGUUUACACUGUCUGAUGGAGCGCAGCAUGAUGCUGUGAGAAGAAGUGAAGAUUAGUGAGUAGUGAGUAUAGAUACAUGCUGCUCAGGAUCCAGAAUGGAUUUAAUGAAGACCAUGGCUACAACGAUUAUGGAAUCCAAUAUGCCAUACCUUUUACGUAUUUUUCGUUUAGUAUUCAUUUGCAUCAUAUCCAUACAUUAUAUUACAUUGACAUGCCUACUCCCAUGGAACAGGAACUAAUAUCUUGUCCCAUGACUUUUGCCAUGUCCCUCAGAAGCUAAAGAACAAUUAUGCAAUUAGGCUGGAAUGACCUUUGGGAUGCAGUAUGUGUGUAUGGCCUGCUGCACUGAAUGUACAUGUGAUUUUGUGCAUUCACAUAGACAGGUGUAGCCAGAAGCCACCGGUCACAAUCAUUUCCACUUACUGCACUGUCCACUGGUGCACGUGUCUCUGUGGAUCGAGAAAGAUAAAAUUUAGUAAAUUAAAUGUCUAAUUAAUCUGCCAUCCACCAAUCAGCCUUCGAUAAGUUCUGAUAAUUUGGAAAAUGGCCAAGGUUUAACCUCACUCACAAGAUAUCACCUCACAGCUUAUACAGAUAUAAGUGUUUCCAAGCCAUUUCCUAAACUUAACACUUCUUGAUCAGUUUAUAUACUGCAGUACCACUUUAAAAUAAGGCUACUUUAUAAAGAGUGUAUAAUGUUGCUGUCCAAUGAAAAACAAGCAUCUCCAAAACAGCAACUUUACAGGAGAAAUCUUUCAAAAAAUAUAAUUUUAAAUUUAUUUCAGGUUAUUUUGAAGUAUUUCUAUUGGUCUGUUCACCAAGGAAAUUUUUCUCUUAAAAUUGUGUAGUAAUUUAAAAAUCGACAAAACAGAGAUACUUUUUUUUAUUAGACAGCAACCAAUGGAAAAAAAAAAUGAUUAUACAGGAGUUUAUUAAUGGUUAUAAAUUAAAGUUUAAUACUUUACUAAUUAAAGUUUAAAACAUUACUAAACAUUACUUACAACACAUACAUAGAAAAAAUAACAGUGAAAAGAACUUUUUUAACAUAUGUAAUAAAACAAUAUAGAAAGUCAGUUUAGUCAUGUAAUAUGUUUUUAUAGUUAAAUAAAUAGUUAUUAACAGAAAUUAAUUAACAGAAGUUAAUGCUGAUUGAUGGAAAAGACAAAGUAAGAUAGUAUCUAUUACGAAAUAAGGUUUAACAUUUAUAAACAAAUGUGGAAUCACUAUUUGGUACAUGGAAGUCCACUCUUGCCCUUUUUUAUUUAUGUGUUGUAACUGCUUAUUAAUGGUUUAUAACCUAAUUAAUAAUCAAUGAUAAACGCCUUUGUAAACUAUUUAUACAGCCUUCAUGAAGGAGCCUUAUUUUAAAGUGGUACCUAUAAUGCUAUAACAUGACAUAACAGGCCUGUUAGUGUGUAGUAUAUUACUAAUUAUUAUAUUAUAUUAUAUUAUAUUAUAUUAGUGCACAUAGUUACACAUUUCCAAAUAUCCAGCUGUUUACUGCCUUUAAAAGGCUCUGCACUAGACCACAGUGUUUUAUCAGCUGUUGUUAGUAUAUUUGAUAUUCUGGAAACGAUAACUGUUUUUCUACCCUUUGAGAUUUAUCCGUUUGGGUUUUAACCAAACUUUGAAAUGACUUACAGUCAACCUAUCUCGUCCCCUGCGCUUCUGCAUGCAAAUAAGGCAAAGGCGCUAUUAUCUGUGCUCACUGAAGAUGCUCCACGCUGAGCCGCCUGAUCCAUCUGCUCUUUAUCAAGCGUUUUAUCAGCAGUUUUCAGACAGCAGGGUUAAGAGCAAUCAGCCACCCUUCCCCACCACCCAGCGAUUUCUGCUUCUGCCUCUACAGACUGGGGCUCCGGCUCCUCUGUGCAGGCAGAUACAGCCAGAAAAGGUGGAGAGAGAGCCUACAUGCAUUAUCUCCUCUUUCCCUGCCUUUCAUCUGUGCAGAUAGCGGCUAGCGUUAGCGCUGCACUCCUGACUAUGCUACAAUAGCCCCCCUGAAGCCACCCUUUCAGACUGAGCAGCUGAUGUGUCCCAGUCAAGAAGCCCCCACCAUGUGGGAGUGUUUAUACAAGGAUGAUGCAGAGGGUUGGGGGGGUGUAAGGCAUAAAAAGCACUCUGACCCACUUUUCAAAACCCAUAAGUUCUGCACCCGACAUUUAAAAAAACCUUACACUCAGACCCAUUCUGUGUUGGCACUGUGCAGGUUCAUGACUGAUGAUAAGAGUUAGGUUGCCGUGCUCUGUUCUCUGUGCAUCAUCACAAAUAAGAAAAAGCCUAAAUAUAGUCCUCUGACUGUCUGACGUCCUCUCCAGAUUCCAGGAAAACAGCCUGGUGAGUGAGACAUGGGACACGUAUCAUUAAACAUGGGACUAGUAACAUGGGACUAGUAUCAGGUCAUGAGACUAGUAUCAUUAAAUGUGGAGCUAGUAUUAUUAAACAGGGGACUAGGACCAUAGGACAUGGAACUAGUAUCAGGUAAUGGGACUAGUAUCAUAGGACUAGUGUCAUUGAACAUGGAGUUAGUUUUAUUAAACAGGGGACUAGUAUCAUAGGACAUGGAACUAGUAUCAUGUAAUGGGACUAGUAUUAUUGGACUAAUAUCAUAGGAUAUGGGGCUAGUAUAAUGAAACUAAUGUCAUUGAACUAGUAUCAUAAGACUUGGGACUAGUAUCUUUGAACCAGUAUUAGGUCAUUGUACUUGUAUCGCUAGACAUGGAACUAGUAUCAUUGGACUAGUAUCAUUGGACUAGUAUCAUUGGACUAGUAUCAUAGGACAUGGGACUAGUAUCAUUGGGCUAGUAUCAAGGGACUAGUAUCAUAGGACAUGGGACUAGUAUAAUGGGACUAGUAUCAUAGGACAUGGGACUAGUAUCAUUGGACUAGUAUCAUAGGACAUGGGACUAGUAUCAUUGGGCUAGUAUCAUAGGACAUGGGACUAGUAUCAUUGGGCUAGUAUCAAGGGACUAGUAUCAUAGGACAUGGGACUAGUAUAAUGGGACUAGUAUCAUAGGACAUGGGACUAGUAUCAUGGGACUAGUAUCAUAGGACAUGGGACUAGUAUCAUUGGACUAGUAUCAUAGGACAUGGGACUAGUAUCAUUGGGCUAGUAUCAAGGGACUAGUAUCAUAGGACAUGGGACUAGUAUCAUGGGACUAGUAUCAUAGGACAUGGGACUAGUAUCAUGGGACUAGUAUCAUAGGACAUGGGACUAGUAUCGUUGAACUAGUAUCAUAGGACAUGGGACUAGUAUCAUUGGACAAGGGACUAGUAUCAUGGGACAAGUAUCAUAGGACAUGGGACUAGUAUAAUAAGACAUGGGAACUAGAAUUAUGUGACUUGUAUAAUGAGACAUGGGACUAGUAUCUUUCAUGGGAACUAGUAUCAUGGGACUAGUAUCAAGUCAUGGGAAUAGUAUUUAUAGGACAUGGGACAUCUAGACAAGCAUCAUGAAUCAUGGGACAUGGGAAUUUAAUUGGACUAUUGUCAUGGGACAGGCAUUAUGAAAUUAGUAGUAUGUGUCUAGUAUUAUUGCAUGUGAUCCCAAAAUCAUGGGACAAUGGACUGGUAUCAAGGGUCCAAUAUUAAGGGACCAGUACCAGGUCAUGGGAAUAUUAUCAGAUUAUGGGUCUAAUAUUAUGGAACAGGGGACAAAUAUAAAUGAACUUGGGACCAGUAUCAUGGGACACGAUCCUAGCCAGACACCACCGGUCACCAUCAUUACCGCCCACUGAGCACUGAGUGAUAAUGAUCGUGACCGGCCUUGUCUGGCCGUAUCCAUUAACUAAAGCCCAGUCUGUGUUGGCAUCAUUAGGCUGCUGUUCUCUGUGCAUCCUCACAUAUAAGAAUAACAGAGGCCAAAAUAUUGUGAACGCCUGAGAGUCAGACUCCUCUCACUGUCUGACAUCCUCUCCAGAUUCCUGGAAAUCAGCCUGGUUAGUGAGGCACUGGGAUAUGCGAAUGAGCUGGGAAAGGGGAUUCCAGAUAUUCCAGCAGGAUUAACCUCAGUUUGCUGCAGGAUCAGGCUGUGUGCUGGAUGUUAUGCUUGGCUGGCACUUAUCAGCACCCCCCCCCCCCUCCACCUUUUGAAAGUAUGUAAUCUGCGCAGCGUCAGAAGCAGACCGUUCUUUUGCCUUUAAAGUCCUUUGUAAUGAGUUCUCUGAUGUUUUGCCAGCAAGUCAUGAGACCCGUUCCUGGCUGUGCCGCAAAGCUCGUCAGAUGCUGUUGUGAGGUUUUUACAGAGUUGGGUUGUGCUGAGAAACACUUAUGUUAGAAUGCUGCCUGGCCGAAGUAAAGAAAUUGACAGCUAUGACAUAUCAAUCCUGCUCUGUCUUUGACAGCUCAGAGUGGUCCAAGAUUUAAAAAUAGUUAUUUAGAGACAGCAUUCCAGCUCUCACGGUAUGUAUCCACUUGCCAUUUUACACUCAGACAUCCUAUUCAUUUAUGUAGAGAGAGAGAGAGAGGGAGAGAGGGAGAGAGCUGCUGCUGGCCAUGUAGGUCUGUGUAUGCUAAUGCUAAUGCUGCUCCAGCAGUGCUAGGUGGGGUUAGCAGCAGGCUACAGGCCGAUAAUACCCACCUCUGAACGGCCAAAAAGCUAGGGCUUUACACGUUUAGCAGCUAAUGCUAAUACUGCUGGAUAACUAAACUGAAACUCCUGUAUGAAGCUGUACUUCAGUGGAGUGGAUUUAUAAGUGCACCUUAUAGUGUGAAAAAUACAGUAAUAUGAUACAGAUAAUAUUACAGUAUAUUGCAGUAUAUUGUGAUACAGUAAGAAAGUCAAUAUAUUUAAAUUUUAGGUAAACUCAUCAUAUUUAUAAAAUCUAAAUAAAAGGAAAGUUGAAUUUUUUUCCCAAUUAGAACAGUGGGAUCUAACAACAGAGUAAAAUACUACUAUUUAGAGGUCAAAGUUUAAACACAACACAAAAUGAACCGCUUUGUAACACCAAUCUUUACAUUUUAACUAAUAAAACUACAUAUUGCAAUACUUUGAUAUGUCAACAUUGUCUUUUGCCCCUACGGCCUAAAGUGUGUGCAAAAAAAAGUUCUGCACUGCAUCUAGCCAAUCAAAGAAGAGCAGGCUGGUUUGUCAUAAGCAUCAAACACAAUUCAGAUGCCUGUCAAACCUAAAGGAACCAUGGCGCAGAAUGAUCGGGAGAUCGAUGGUUCGAAUCCUGGGCAUGCAGCUUGCCAUCAGAAGCCAGAGCCCCGAGAGAGCGCACAUUAGCCUUGCUCUCUCUGGGUGGGUAGAUGGAGCUCUUCUCCUUCAUUACUCGUAGAGCACAAGGCAUCUGUGAGCUGAUGUAUUGGAACCGAAUCGCUGUGCUUCGCUUUGCUCCGAGCAAUGCUGUAUCAACAACUGAUUGGGCGGGAGAGAAAUGGGAAAAAAAUAGAAUUAGAAGUGUAUGGCGUAAAUUUAGUAUCUGAAUUUCCAGAAUUCUAAAUUAAAAUGAGAUUAAAAAUGUAAAAACUGUUCUUUUGCUUUAUUUGCAUGCAAAAACAUCACAGACAUCCGUACACAAAGAAUUGUUUCAAUGAAAAGUAGUGGGCUUAAAAGUCGUGCAAGAAGACUCAAAUCAUUACAGCAUUCCAGGCUGAUUUAAAGAGUUUUUUUUUUCUUUAUUAUUAUUUUUUUAUAUAUAUUUAAGCAUCCUUGUUUACACUGUGGCCCAAUUCCAUUUCACUCCUUGGCCCUACCUAUGAAUAAUUCUCAAAAAUGUUAAUGUAAACUGUGUAAAUGCAUUGUCUGCCAUGAAGAGGCAGCUCAAAAAUAUGAAUAAAAUAUGCUGUUUAGUCUAAAUCUGAAGUUGAUGACUUGUCUUUGUGAGCAAACAUGUUAGAGAACCAAGUUAAGAACCAAGAUUUAUAAAGUUUUAUUUUAUAUUAUGGAUCAAAGAACUUUAGACAACACCUUAUUCCUGAAAUUAAACUCAAGCACAUCAGUGGAGUCUCCUGUGGAUCUUAGAUCAAGACUUUGGGUCUGAUUUAAAGACUUGAAUAAACCAAUCGAAACCACUCUUUCUUUAAUUAUGUUUAUAAAUAUGUUAAGUCUAUAAUUUUCCUGUUUUAAGGCCCUUUCACACCAAGUAUGAUUUUUUUUCGGCAAUCAACAAAUAGAAGUAUAGUAUUUUUUUUUUUUUUUUUUACAAAUAUUGUAUAUCGUUCACACCAUUCAGGCCAACACAUUUACAGUAUCGCAAUAUAUCAUUAUAUAUUGAAUCGAAAGCUCUAUAGCAUGAUAUGCACCGUAUCGCCAAGUGCUGGUCAAUACAGAGCCCUAACACUC